CCUCUGCGGGCUGGCCCCAGGGACAAGCGUGUUACGGAUCAUGGUGCUGCCGCCUGCGCCAGACCCUUCUGCGCUGCGAGCUUUCAGCUGUGCGCUGCGCACGGAGCGCGCUCUCGCCAGCCGCCGCAGACGGCAGCAUCAAGCAGGCCCAUGUGGUGGACGCACCGCUGCACGGUCGGGGCCUCCGGGCUUUGGCACGUCCCACGCGCAGGAGAGGCCGUUCGGAAAGCGGCAGUGUCCUCGGGUGCGUGCCGCAUGACAAGUA